AUGGGAGACUUUGAUUUUGAUUUUGAACUAGAUGCCACCGACCAGGGACCGCGUGUUGCAUGGUUCAUUGUGUUGUGGAUAAUGCCGAAAGGUGACAGUGCUUCAUUUGGGAUUAGAAUAGCUUUUCUGCUCGAUUCCAUUGCAAUGCAAGAGAAACUUCCCUUUCUCCAUAUGGUUUCAUUACUUCUAUCACCCGUCACAGUCACAGGAGGUGAAAGAUAA